AUGUUCGCUCAACUUAAGCAAUUAUACUUGAUGCUUAAGAAGCUUAAGGAAAGUUUGAAUGAAAUAAAGACCAGGCUAGAGCAAUUGGAAAGGCAACAUGAUAAACGAGAUAAUGAUCUCUCUAUACAAGUGAUAGAC